CCCACAAAAGACCUCCCUCCACCGUUGAGAGGCGAGAACAAAGGGGCCCAAUUAGUACACCUCCUCCUUCCACUCUCGCUUUAUAUUCUUCUCUCUUGUUCUCUCCGGUACUUCUUACUCGCUUCCGACUUCCAGCCAUCCUUCCACCACCCCCUCUCCGCCGCCAGGCAGUCUCCAAUGGCUGCCUCUCUCCAUGGAUCGGUUCUCCUCCGGAACGCUAACCAUAAUCUCUAUGGCAUUCGAGUCGCCGCCGCUUUGCCUUCUUCCGCGGCAUCCUUUCCUUUGGUCGCCGUCCCCCGCGGCUUGGAUCCCGCUUGCUCCCUGCUGAACAGAAGGGUUCUGGGUUCUCUUCUGGUUCCAGAAAAAAGGCGGCCAAAAAAGUUUGUUGCUCUCGCGAUUUCUCGCGAGGAAUCGAAGAAUUCAGAUUUUGAAGUGGAGAAGGAUAAUGAUCAUGCCGCUGGAGGAUCACAAGAAGCAUGGAAGGAGGCACUUGAACGCUUGAAGGCAGAAUCCUUAAAUGUCAAAUCUGUAUCGGAAGAGGCAUAUCAGGUUUACUCGACGAAAGCUAUAGAAAUGUUGAUGGAUACAUCCGAGAAUCUCAAAAUUCAAGCUGAUAAAGUACAAACGGAUCUAAGUGUAUUAGCCCAGGAAAUCUCAAAAGAAGGACAGGAGUAUCUAUCUGCAGCAGCAAAGAACUAUCCUGAUUCAGUUAGGGAAAUAUUGGAAGUUUAUGCUUCAGUGGAGGAAUUGAGCAAUAUUUCUUCAGUCAGAGAUUUCUAUCUUGGAAUUCCCUAUGGUUGCUUUCUUGCUGUUGGCGGUUUCCUACAUUUUAUGCUUACUGGAAGCAUUCCUGCCAUACGGUUUGGCUUUAUUCUUGGCACUGCAAUUUUGGCUCUGAGUGUGUCAAGCUUGAGGGCAUGGAAGAAUGGAAAUGAAACCCCUCUUCUUUUGGUCGGGCAAACUGCAAUUUCAGCUAUUAUUUUCUUCAGGCAGUGGAUGUUGUGUUCUCAGAGGGGAUUAUUUCCAAACCUCUUGAUGCUUGCUAUCAGCGGUGCAAUGAUGGGUUUCUAUGCUUAUAGACUUGCAAUAGAUCAUUUCAACAAGGAUGAUGACCUGGAGCAGAGCUCAGAGAAUCAGCAGCCAUAGUGGAGGCCUGGUUAGGAUAUAUUGAAUAAGCAGAGACAAUACUGAAAGAGAUCAGGCUGAGUUCCAAGGAUAUGCUUUUGGAAGCUUCUGAAAUUUUGACAUCCAGGAAUGUUUAUGUGUAUGCUUUUUCUUUCCCUUUAGCAUGUAAGUUUAAGCGUCUAGCUAAUAAAAGGAUCGCAAAUGGUGGUUAGACGUCAGUCAUGGUUGCUAUUCACCUGAGUACUGUCAAAAAUGUCACAAUUUGCUUAGUUUGAAGUAUUAACUUCACAAAUACAUAUGUGCAAAAUUAAUAUAGUUUGAAAUAGAGAUUAAUGUUUGGAUA